AAUAAUAGUAAUUCAAAACCAGUUAUCUUUGUCAGUGCAGGUGAUAGCAGUAGCAAAGAUAAAAUGUAAUGAAACUUAGUUGUAUAUUAUCUCUGGGCCUCCAUUGUGUUUUGUUGGCAGCUCCAACUACUAGAUUGAGCGAGACCCAACAAUCAGCUAUAAUGGAAGGCAAUGAAGAGGACAACUCCAUAGAGAGGUCCAUUUUGGAUGGCCUAAACCAGCUUCAUAAGUUUUUCAUCAACAAACCACUUUCUCAGGCACAUUGCCUAUUUUUGGCCGUCUAUGUAAUUGGUAUACAAGUUGGGUUUAUACCACAAAAUUUCUUUCUCAAUCGAUUGAUGGGCUUAACUCAGCUGGAAUCUUGGUCAACAUUUAAGAAAAGCAAUGUGGAAAUAUGCUGCAACCAAGCACCAACUUAUGAAUAUGACUCACCGCAUGAAACAUUUUUCACAGAAAAUUUUAUUACAGCAGCUUCUGUUGAAGAAGACGAUAUUUUGAAAUCUAAACUUGUUGCCCUAGUCACGGGCGACUUUAUGAUGGUCACACUAUCACCCCAUCCGUCGACACAAAGUUUGGGCCGCAGUACUUGUCUAUCCAUUGGUCGGUAUGUGAUAAAAUAUUCCGAUAGCGAAAUACCGUUAGAGAGUUGCUAUCAAAAAUUGAAUCAAUUACAAAUGCAAUUAAGAAAUGAACUGUUUGUACCGGUGCGUAUAAGUCAGCUGACUUUAUUGGACGCCUCCCCAUUGCCAAGUUUUAUGGGUAUACCGCGGGAGUUGCGAUUUGAAGUGUAUAAAUAUUUAAAAUCGACCGAUUUGAAGAAGUUGGCGUGGGUAAAUAAAGCUAUACAAAUGGAAACAAAAUUAUUCUCUACGAAAAAUAAUUCACUUACAAACUAAUUUUUACAUUUUGUUAUUUUUUUUUUUUU